UGAUCGACGAUUAGUUGCUUUCCAGAGCUUGACGAAGCAAGUUGAUUUCCAUAAAAUCCAUUUCACCAUAAGACAGAAUGUCGCGCAAACCGGUUCUUUAUUAUGCCCCGCGCAGCCCUCCCUGCCGGUCUGUCCUAUUAACUGCCGCCGCUUUGGAUGUGGAUUUGGAGUUGCGACUGGUUAAUGUUAAGGGUGGGGAGAACCGUACUCCCGAAUUCCUGAAACUGAAUCCCCAACAUACGAUUCCAGUUCUUGAGGACAAUGGCAAUGUGCUGAGCGAUUCCCAUCUAAUCUGCGGCUACUUGGCUGACAAGUAUGGCAACGGGAGCGCCGACUCACUCUAUCCCAAAGAUCCCGCCCAGCGGCGCCUGGUAGACGCCAGCCUCUACUUUGACUGCGGCCAUUUGUUCCCUCGCGUUCGCUUCAUAGUCGAGCCUGUUAUAUACUUUGGCGUUGGUGACAUACCAGAAGACCGCAUCGCUUAUCUGCAGAAGGCCUACGAUGGCCUGGAGCAUUGCCUGGCCACUGGACCUUACCUAACUGGGUCGCAUCUGACCAUUGCGGAUCUCUGCAGCAUUGCCUCGGUAUCGACAGCCCAGGAAUUUGCCCCAAUCGAGGCCGAAAAGUACCCGAAACUUAUCGAUUGGGUCAAACGCUUGCAGGCCUUGCCCUAUUACCAAAAAAACAAUCAAGAGGGACUAGACUUGUUGGUCAAUCUGGUCAAGGGCUUGCUUGCCGAGCGUCAGCAAGGCAAAUAAUCAAUCAAUACAAUAUUUGGCCAUAACUAAUAAA